GGGUCGGAGCCGAGGAAGGUGCCCUCCUCCUCCUCCUCCUCUUCCCUCUGCGCCGGUGAAGGAGGCUGUCCCUCCGGGCGGGGAGGCAGGCAGGCAGGCAGGGAGGGCGGGCGCUGGCUCCUUCUCUCCUUCCCUCCCUCUUUCCCUCCUUCUUUCUCUCUCUCUCUCUCUCCCUUCCCAACUUUCUGCUCCUCCCUCCCUCCCUCCCUCCCUCCCUCCUUCCUUCCUUCGCGCAAAACUUUCCCGACGCUCUCGCUCGGCGCCCGGCUCCGCUCCUCUCCGGAGACAACAAGCCUCUUUCGGCGGACCGCCUGCUUUUUGGCCCGGGUCUCCCUCUUCUCCACCCCCCGCCUUGUCAGCUCCUUCACAGAACCGGACCCGAACCUUGACGGCGAGGCCCCGCUCCCUCUUCAACAGGCGAAGUGAGUUAACGAGUUGCCAUUUGGGGCUCAGAGUCAGAGCCCAGGGCAGCCAUCACAAUAGCGUCCAACAGCUGGAACGCCAGCGGCAGCCCCGGAGAGGGGCGAGAAGAUGGACAGGACGGGAUGGAUAAGAGUCUGGACAAUGAUGCCGAAGGAGUGUGGAGUCCAGACAUUGAACAGAGCUUCCAGGAGGCGCUGGCGAUAUAUCCGCCUUGUGGCCGGCGGAAGAUUAUCCUCUCGGAUGAGGGCAAAAUGUAUGGUCGCAAUGAAUUAAUAGCAAGGUACAUCAAGCUGCGAACAGGGAAAACACGAACAAGAAAGCAGGUGUCCAGCCAUAUACAGGUUCUAGCUCGGAAGAAGGUGCGAGAGUACCAGGUUGGCAUUAAGGUCUCUAGCCACUUGCAGGUUCUAGCCAGACGGAAAUCUCGCGAGAUUCAGUCCAAGCUGAAGGCUAUGAACUUGGAUCAGGUCUCGAAGGACAAGGCUCUGCAGAGUAUGGCUUCCAUGUCAUCAGCACAGAUUGUAUCUGCCAGUGUCUUGCAGAACAAGCUCAGCCCCCCUCCUCCACUCCCUCAGGCUGUCUUUUCUGCUACUCCCAGGUUUUGGAGUGGACCUAUCCCAGGACAGUCUGGACCUUCUCAGGACAUUAAACCUUUUGCACAACCAGCCUACCCCAUCCAGCCACCCAUGCCUCCAUCACUAGCCAGCUAUGAGCCCUUGGCUCCUCUCCCACCUGCUGCCUCGGCUGUGCCAGUCUGGCAGGACCGCACCAUUGCCUCUACCAAGCUGCGGCUCCUUGAGUAUUCAGCAUUCAUGGAAGUGCAGCGUGACCCUGAAACGUAUAGCAAGCACCUCUUUGUGCAUAUUGGACAGACGAAUCCCUCGUACAGUGACCCACUGCUGGAAGCAGUGGACAUCCGCCAGAUCUAUGACAAGUUCCCUGAGAAGAAAGGUGGCCUGAAGGAACUUUAUGAGAGAGGACCUCAGAACUCCUUUUUCCUUGUCAAAUUCUGGGCGGAUCUGAACAGCACCAUUCAGGAUGGCCCUGGUGCUUUUUAUGGCGUAAGCAGUCAAUAUAGCAGUGCAGAAAACAUGACCAUCACAGUCUCCACUAAGGUGUGCUCCUUUGGAAAGCAAGUAGUCGAAAAGGUGGAGACUGAAUUUGCACGGAUGGAAAAUGGAAGGUGUGUGUACCGAAUCCAUCGAUCUCCUAUGUGCGAGUAUAUGAUCAACUUCAUCCAUAAACUAAAACACCUCCCAGAAAAGUACAUGAUGAACAGUGUCCUGGAGAAUUUCACCAUCCUGCAGGUUGUUACAAACAGAGAUACCCAGGAAACAUUGCUCUGUAUAGCCUUUGUUUUUGAGGUGUCCACCAGUGAGCAUGGGGCCCAGCAUCAUGUCUACAAGUUAGUCAAAGACUGAAGGCUCUUCUGGGAUAAGCAAGAAAUUUAAGGAAGGGAGAAGAGAGAAGCCUCGUCUGAGAAGCCACCAGUAUAGGAGGCCUUGACAAAAGUCUUUUUAAAUGAACAACAAAAAAGCAAUGCCAAAUACAAACUGUUUCACAAUCAGAUAUGUUUUCUACUUAGGAACAAUAAAAACAAUAAGAAAAAAGCAUUAUAGAAAAGCAUAACAUGGAUGGUGAAAUAUCUUGGAGAUGGAGAGAAAACUGUUCCUUGGGACUGUCAUCAGUAUUUCAGGAGACAUCAGUGCCAAAGCCCGGUACCCCUUGAUGCCUUUCUCACCACACAACACUGUAAAAGGAUGAAAUGAAACUGCCAGCCUCUUCUUAAUCUCCGGAUGUGCCUAUAUUUUCCAUGUCAAGAUCAGGAUUUUAUCCUUGAAACCUUUGGUGCCUUUCAUCUGCAGAAAAGAGUUGCAUGGGCCUGCUGAAGAUGUCUUCUGAAAAAAGGAUGGGAAAUUAGAUGCUGCCUUGUGACAGAUCCUAUUCUGUUUUUAAUACUGACAAAGAUAAAUAUGUUUUUUGUUUCUCAGUCACUUGCUACAAUCAGUGUGCAGAACCAAUAUAGGGAACUAGCAGAGUGUGUGUCUUUUUGUGGCACCUACCCAAUGGUUAAAUACAUGUGGUUUGGGUUCCACAAUAACUCGGGCAUUUUUAAAAUUGCAGUACCUACUGCAUUUUCCCCAAGCACUGGUGUGGAAGUGCAUCAGGUGUUGAUUAUGGCAGGAGUAUGGCAAUGUUACAUCCAUGUCUCAGGUGUUUGAAAAAUAGAUGGGAAAUAUGCUACAGGAGUGUGCAUGUCUGUAUGUUGUGUACCCCAAGGAGAAAAGAAAGAAUUUAAAGGCUUCUGUUUGAAAUGAUAAGAGGUUUGAGUAUGUAUUAGGACGAAGACUGUGCGGUGAGCUGUAGGAAAGCAGUUCCCAACAUUUUGAAUGAUGCAAUCUGAUGAUUAGCAGGCUGACAUUUGGAGGGCCAUGACAUGUCUGUUUUGAGAAAUAUCUUCACUUGCUUAGAUCACAUUGCUUGGAUUCCCCCCACCCCACCCCCACCCCCACAAGUAUCUAGGGAAUUUUAACCAGCUCUGAGAGAAGUAUUUUUAAAACAUCUGUCAUCUCAAAAACAAUAUGGGAAAAGCUUAGAUCAAAGUCCUUGAUGCCUGGACAUCAUUUUGAUAAGGUAUUAUUUCCCUUCUGCUUUUCUCCUCAUUUGUGAUGGUCAGGAUAUGAACAUUAGGGCACAUGGUUUUCCCUGUAUUGUGCACCAUGCCCUUGUGGAGACUGCUAGAAUCAAAGUGAAAAUUGAGUACUCUGGCAGUUCAAUCUCAGGGAGGUGCUGAAAGAAGGACUACAGUACAACUCGGUAUAAAGAAUCCUUUGUCAUUAGGAAACUGUACUGUUUGCUGUUUGAAAUAUUGGGAAGGUUUCUGUGUAUGAGAUAAGGGUAACGACAAGCUCCUCUACAUCAAAUAUCAAAUCUCGCAGUGUGGGCUUUAUCGUUCGGAUUGGUGCUUUUAGGAAACCUGUUACAUGAAUAGUGUCAAGAUCUCAGUACCUGCACUCCAUGGCUCUUCCAGGCCUCGAGCCCAUAGCUUUCAAUUAUAAUUUGUCUAAAUGCUAACUUGUCACUAUAUGAAUAAUAGAGGAACUAACAGAAUGUAAACUUUGUGCCUUUUGUACCAUUGAGCUUUUCUCAUUUUGUCUUUCUGCUUUUUCUUUCAGUACACUGUAUUUUAGUUGGUUGGUUUUCAUUAGAAGUUUCUUCUUGUACUAUCUUUUUUCAGUCCAGGGAUGAACUUCUUUCUGUUGCGGGCUUUGUUUCCUUGUAGGUAAUAUGGCUUUUAUCACCUAUUAACAUUGGGAUUGGGUUAGAGUCAAAAGUAUAGGUUGGGUGGGCACUUCCUUUUCUCUCUUUCUUCCCCUCCCUUUUCUCUCUUCCUUUUUCUAUAGUCUGUCCUCAUCUGGAUCCACUCAAGCUGAUGAUCCCCCAUGUACUUCUCUCUUAAGACAUCUGGAGUGGCAUCUGUAUAAAUAGACUUGGUCAAUGAGAGUUUAUGCUACCAACUUUGUUCUCUCUGUUAGUCACUAAGGUACUCCAAGAUCUUCUUGCAUACUGAUUUUCUAGACUAACAUGGCUAUGCUGUUUAAAUUAAACCGCUAAAGUGAUUCUCAUGGGGACGCCUCAAAGCAUACGUUUGGGGCAGUGGGGAGUGCAAUAAAAUUUGAGAAAUAGGAGGGGAAGAAUAUAUGGCUGCCACUAGAAUGCACAGAAUUAAACCCAAAAUUCUGCUGCUUAGAUAUUUGUCUAGCUUUAAAUGGAACCUGGUUUAAAGUGUUAUAAGGAGAGUUUCAUCACCAGACUAAUUUUAAUUUUGGCAUUGAGAUGUACGGAAUCCCACCUUAUACAGGGAGAAACACACAGAGAGAUGGGGUCUUGCAAUUAUGUUGGAAAAGAAAGAAUAUUAACACGAGAUGGGUUGUUACUGUUCUGAGGCAGAAAAUUGAGUUCUUAUCAUUUUAACAUAAAGUUCAGGUUAAAUCCAAGACAUCUUCCCUUCACGUGUUUUUUGCUUUGGUAUUUUUUGGUUUUUCCUUAACUUUUCUGAAUUGUUUGUCUUGUUAAAGUAGGAGGUGAGGUCAUGGAAGCCUCAUAAAGUCUUCAUGCUCUACGUUUCAUAACUGACUUGGGCCUCACAUUCAGUCUGGGCCUGUAUCACCACUGCAUUGUUGACGUAGCACCCAUGUUGUGAUUAAAAUGGCGGUUACUUGUUACCUAAAGGGCCAGGUACAAAGGCAAUGGAUAACCCAAACCCUGAUCAGCAGACUAUGAAUGAGCGUAAGAGCCUUUGGACUAUUGUUUUGGUGCAGCAUGUAGCUAUGAAGUGGCACUACAAUGACAACGGACAAAAUAGUUUUUCAAAAUAUUGAAGGACAUUUAAAAUUAAUGUUAAGAAUUUUACCUGUGAAGUGUUUUUAAUUGAUGCCACCCAAGGACUUUUGGGAAGCUCCAAUACGUAGAACAUUGAAAAGAAUACUAAUUUCUUGUCAUGUUAAGACCCCAAGGUGCUCAACUGAUGGAAUGGUACAUGGAGACUUGUGCAUAUGCAAGUCUCAAAUUGCUCAGGAGCAGUACAUUUAGUGAACUCUUUGGGAAUUAGUAAAGUCACAAGUUCAGAAAGAACCAGUAAGCUAAAUACAGAGGAAUAUCAUCUUUGCUUCCUGUCAACAGUAUUUUAAUCUUGGUGCACCAUCCUUCUUGGCAAAUUUGACAUGGCCAUGUGUGAUGUUUUAGGUAAAUUGGUCUUUCACUAUAUAUUAUGCCACAGCCUUCUUCCUUAAGCAUUAUUCUUAGGAUGAAUAGGCUGCCCAGUAAAAGCCAGCUUGAAGUUUAGGUACGUUUUCAAACCCCUGGGCAUUUGGGGAAAGGUACAGCAUCUUUGGAGUCAAAACAGGAGGAAGUAUAGUCAAAAGGGGUCAGGAUGUUGAAUACCUUAUGAUUACUGCCAGAAUCUCUGUAAGGUCAGGAAUUCUGGCUAAUUUAUAUGUAGCAUGUUUAUUUUCAUUCCUAGAUCAAAAAUUCUGGGAAUUAAGGUUUAAACUUUUCCCCAUUUUCCUUAGCCCAUGUACAAUAAAAUACCCGUUUUCUACAAAAAUACCUUUUAAAGAAAGGUGCAUAAAACUUCAGCAUAUAUGUGUGGAAAGUGGAACAGGGCCUUAGUCUUGCCUAACCCCAAAUGUCUUUAUAUAAAACCUGUUUGUUUGUAUUUUGCAUUUUAUCCACAACCUUCCACCUGGCUAGAGCUUUCAGAAUGAACAUCCUCUUAAACUGGACUACAUUACAUUUCUCAUCCUUUCCUUUUGGUUCCUUCUAUGCCAUACUACUCUUUGUGUUUGUACAACAUGAAGUUCGAGUCCAUCCCCAGCCUUCCUGUUGCAAAAUUUCUUGCACCUUUUCAUCUUAGGUUUGCGGGGACACAAACCACUCCUCAUUUAGUGUCCCUAAGAGAAUGGCAGCAAGGCUAAGGAAAAUACUGGCUUCGUGAAUCCUCUUAGGUGAACAAUAAUACAGGUACACAAAACUCAGUAACCAACUCCCACCCCACCCCCAUCCCCCACAUCCCAUGUAUUUAUGAAUUUCACAUGAAGUACUGUUUUAUUUUUUUAAAGACUUUGUAAAGCUUACCAGGGUUAUGGUCACCUUUUUUAGAGCUCUGUCAGUCCACAGUGUAAAACCAUUUUUAUGUAUUAUAUUUUGUGUAUUUUUUUAAUCCAGCUGUGAUGGGUUGUAUCAUAUAUUGUUGUGUUUACUGUAUGUCCAUCUCCAAGUAGAUGAGACAGUGAAGCUUCUAGAAAGCUAUGGUCUGCUGAAAACUAUUAAACUUAUUUGUUCAUGGGUUGGCUCAAAAA